UUUAAGCUGCUUCACAAUUAGAAAUUCCAAAAUGGCUGACAAAAGAGAAUCGGGACGAGUGAAGGAGCUCCAGCAGAAGAGAGUGCUGGAUGGAGCUGCUCGGCGACGUAGACAAAGAAAAGCACUUGAAGCCCUGGAAUCAGACAAUUUUCAAGAUGAUCCACAUGCAGAUCUCAAAAUGAGCAAAAAGGCUCCAAAAUUUGAGGAAUCCAUGGAUACAGGACAACCAGUGUCAAAGAAGAAACGAAAGAGCAAAAGUGACCAUUUCAAGUUUAAGUACAAGAAAAGCUUUUCUGCUCUUUUAGAAGAGGAGCACAUGACUAAUAGAGACACUCCAAACUACUUUUCCGCCAGUGUACCACCAUCCAGAUUUCCAGAGAGACGAUUCUGUGCUAUUUGUGGAUUUCCCUCCAAUUAUGUGUGUGUACAGUGUGGAGCAAGAUACUGCUGUGUGAAGUGUUUAGGUACUCAUCAGGACACAAGAUGUUUGAAAUGGACAGCUUGAACAUCCACUUGAGCAAGUUAUGACGAACUGAUUCAGUUGCCAGCACAGUAACGAAUGAUAGGGAGAUCCUGCUUUAACUACACAAAGGAGUCUGCACUCCUUGGGACCAGUAGUCAUAUCUCUGUGAUAUUCUAAGGCAAACAAACGGAAAAACAUCUUAACCACCAAUUUGCCGAUGGCAAGAGGAGAAAAUCUCUUCUGUUAUGGUUCCAGUCAGGCGAAACCAUGUAAUAGGCAUUAAUAUUACAUUAUUUGAGUCUCCGGUUUAUAUCAUGAAAUAAAUGGAGCCUUAAAAGUGCUGAACAAGAUUUAGAAAAGUGUGCAGCUGUUGAUCCUGUUCAAAAAUGAUUCCAGUUAAUUUUCGUGAUAGUUACAUUUCACUAUUGGAAAGAUAGAACUGACAUGGAUAUUUUUUCCAGUAUCAUAGACAUGACUUAUUUUUCUUAGAAAUAAUCAAGUGUUAUCAAAUUCUGAACCGAAGUAAUUAAAGUAGAAUUGCACUUAGCAUGAACUUGCAAGGACAUUUUAGCAAAAAGGCAAAUUUCUUCACUGUUCUCCUUACAGUGAAGAAACAUAGGUAUCUACCUGUACACAAUCAGACCAUGGUAAAAUUUACGUACAAAAAAAACACCUAGUUGGAUUGAAAUUAGCAGGGUAUCUACAUAUGUAAAUCCAACUAAAAUACUCCAGAUGUUAUACCUUCCAAGGUUGGUUUAUCCAGGUUCAAUUCAUGACACAGUGAUAUCAAUAUCGUUUAAAAAAAAAAUUGGGUCCUAAACAAGUCAUACAAAGGAAUGACGAAACAAUAAAGAAGAAAAACAAGGUCUCUUGCAAAUUUUUAUAUUAUUUUGAAACAAUGCUGUGGUCAAGGUGAUUACUGAUAACUACAUGUAUAAGAAAAAGUGUAGUAACAUUAUGAAAAUACUGGAAAUGGACAGAUACUCAGAUUUCAGGAAAAGUAUAUAUUAUAUAUAUUAUAUGCUGUCAAAAUUUUGAUGAGAUUUAUUAUGCCAUGAAAAGUGUUAAUCUUUGUUUUUUUAAUUUAUUUUGCAAGCUGAACUAAAAUAUCGUUUACGAUUAUUAAACUUGGUAAGCAGGCAAGUCAACAAGAGCUUAGACUCAGUUUAAAGUCAAGUGAACGCUGUGCAUAAUUUAUAAUCAUGCUUCCACAUCUGCACAAUAACUGUAACAAAAAGAAUACAUUUCGAAUAAAUGUGGUCCACAUUUACAUCAUACAAAAAACAAAUGCUUAUUUCAGUUAGAGUGAAAUCCAUCUGUUAUCAACUUGCGUUCUCGAAUUCAAUUCAUUUUAUUGUUUAAGAUGACUUAUGAUAAAGGGAGGUAAUCCCUUUACAUUUUUUUAUGUUUGGAAUGUGGGUGAUUCCUGCACACAAUUUAAAGAUUUAUUUAAAGGUUUUGAACGGCAUGCAUGUCUUAUUGACUUAAUCUUUUGACACUGAUGUAAAGUAAGAUUCUCCUUUCACUAAAAGCUUGAAAUAUUUAAGCUUUUUCGUACAAAUGUAUUUUUUUCUUUCCAAAUUUUCAAUAGAUAUACAUCUUUGUUACAAGGCUCUAUCCGAAUCGUUUUACGUAUGUCAGUUUAUUAUACAAUGAGUCAAUGGACGCUAUAUGGUUUGUUACGAGCAAACGGUGAUUAUACAAUGAGUUAAUGGACGCUAUAUGGUUUGUUACGGGCAAACGGUGAUUAUACAAUGAGUAAAUGGAUGCUAUAUGGUUUGUUACGGACAAACGGUGAUUAUACAAUGAGUUAAUGGACGCUAUAUGGUUUGUUACGGACAAACAUGUUUUGCUCCAUUGAUGUUUUUGUUAUUUGGAGAUAUGCUUAAGUUGAGUAUCAGUGAAAGAAAAUUAUAUUAUCUUACUAUUAUUAAGCCUGACUGGUCCCUUUGUCAAGCUAUGACUGAGUGAGCCAUUUGUAUUGUUACUCACUCCAUUAACCUAUUCGAUACAGUGUGUAUACUCGCUAUCGAUAGGGAAAAUGUUCCGGGUUCAAUGACAUUAUUCAAUUUCAUCACAACGUUGUACAGGUAAACAAUAAAAUAAAAAUCUCUCCCUCAGUCGUAGCUUGACAAAGGGACCAGUCACUCUUAAAACGUUGCAACAAGUUUAAUAUCGAACAUUGUUUGGGUAUAAAGUAAAACUUUUAUAUUAGAAAAUUAUCAUGUUUGAGUUUCUGUUGAAAUGUAGAUGUUGUAUGUCUGUGUAAAAAGAUAAACAAAGAUAAUAUUUU